CCAGCGGACGAGCGGAGAGGUUAACUGCGCAUGCGCGGCACGCCGGGGCAGCCAGCGUCUUUACGGAGAGAGUCGCUCACCCGCUCAUUUCGUCUCCUCAACGAAGCGCGCGCAGCGGACGAGCGUGCAAGCGUUUCCAAGAUGACAGCCCCCAACACAAGCGGCGGCGGCAUGUCUUCGGCGGCACCUCCAAGCGCGGCGCAGGUUCGGUUGCUGGCGAAAAGGCCCCGGCGGUGUUUCACUACCGAAGAAGACCUAGUCAUUUUAAGAGAAGUGACAGCGUCCAAGCCCUUUAACGACGACUUGCAGUGGAUUCAUGUGAUUGAAAACUUGAAACGUGUGCUCGGCCGGGAGCUCACACUGAGAAGCCUGAAAGACCGUGUCGAUCUUUUAAUCGGUUACUGGAGGCAAGAAGACACAAGAAACUUAAGAAAGUCGGGAACCGAGGAACAAUAUGCAGAGAAGGAGCAAAUACUGCAGGACCUCUCUGAUUAUAUAAGGUCGAUAAAUUACGUGCCCAUAGUAGCACCUAGAAGUUCAAAUAGCACUGGCCGCAAAAGAAGUCACGCAGCUGCGUCCUCUCUGGCGACGCCGCCAGAACAACUUCGUGCAGAUGAAGAUCAAGCCGAAAAAGAAAUGAAGCACUCUUUCUGCCCUGCCUGCCGACUCUAUUGGUUCGUAUAG